AUGUUUGUGUUGGGUGAAACACCAACAAUUGCAUCUGUACUCAAGUUUAUUGCUAAGGAAUGGAGUCAAGUGGCAACCCCCAAAGUUUUCCUUCAUGAUGAAGGUUACUUUGUGAUUAGGUUCUGUUCUUUGGAAGAUAGAAACUCUAUUCUAUAUGCUGGCCCUCAGUACUUUUAUGGUAAACCAGCCAUCAUCAAGCAAUGGUCCUCACACUUUAGCUUCCAGAAGGAAGUUCUGAAGGUUAUUCCCUUGUGGGUGACGUUCCCAAAUCUACCUUUGAACUGUUGGAGAGAGGAUUCUUUGAGUAGGAUUGGCAGUGUUAUUGGAGUUCCCUUGUUUGCAGAUGAAUGUACCACACAGCAGUUGAGAAUAUCCUUUGCUAGGGUUUUGGUUGAAGUGGAUGUGACUAACCCUCUCCCUAGUUCCAUCACUAUUGCUAAUCCAUCUGGUCAGGAAUUUGAACAAACUGUUACUUAUGAUUGGAAACCAGACUACUGCAUGAAGUGUUGCCUGGUGGGACACAAUUGUGAGACUUCUGCUAAGAAAGUCAACAAUGUUAGACCCCCUGAGAAGAAGGUAGUGAAGAAGUGGGUUCCUAAAAAAGUUCAGCAAGCACCACACCAAGAUAUGAACCAACAACAACAACAACUUCACCAGACCACUCCUGUUGGCACCUCUGUUGUUGUUCACUCUGAUGAUGAUGCAGGGUGGAAAAUUGAUGCUAGAAGAACUAAACACAGGGAAGCUCAACAAGUGAGGACAAUUACCCCAAUUCAAAAUUCAUUCAGAACAUGGUGGCAUAGAAGUUGUAGAUGA